GUUUUCGUGCCAUAAGCCGCUGAUAAUUCAAGCAGUAAUCGUACACCAAGCUCUGUGAGAACUUUUUCCAAUAUGAUGCAAAUCAAGUACUUGUUCGCCCUCUUCGCUGUCCUGAUGCUGGUGGUCCUGGGAGCAAACGAGGCCGAUGCCGACUGUCUGUCCGGAAGAUACAAGGGUCCCUGUGCCGUCUGGGACAACGAAACCUGCCGUCGUGUGUGCAAGGAGGAGGGACGCUCCAGUGGCCACUGCAGCCCCAGUCUCAAGUGCUGGUGCGAAGGAUGCUAAGCACGUUUAGCUUUUCCCUACAUACAAAUAUUAUAUGCUGCAAUAUUGAACACCUAAUAAACACAAAAUAAUGUACAUUAA